CUCGAUAGCAAAGUUGUACUCUUGAAGGCGAAUGUUCACGAGGAAAUUAUUAUUAUGAAGAAUUAAUAUGGGAGAUGCUGAUAUUUAUGAAAAUGUUCAACAAGACAAAAGUGACUCAGAUGUCACCGAGAGAGGAUAUAUUCUAAUGACUGACAAGAAAUGUAUUAAAUGUCAAUUAAAAGGUAAUCCAAAUAUCAAAUGCAAAUGUCAAGUUCAGCAAGCCAAACAGGGAAACAACACAGAUAAGUUACCCCAAAGUGAAGACUAUGAGAAUAUGAAAGUCACAAGAAUUAAAAAUAUGGAAAAGAUAGAAACAUUGAGGAAACAGACUUUACAGAAAGAAGCCAACAUGUCCGAUAAGGCGGAACAACGUUUAUAUGACAAUCCCAUGGAGGAAAAUGCACGGAAUUGCGAAUGUUGUUCCGUAUCGUAAAUCAUGUUUGUGC